AUGCUUUUUUUGACGAAUUUGCAAGCAAAUGAUAAAGUUGGACCAUACAUUUUUCGACUAGAAGUUGCAGAUAGUAAACGACAGAAUGAUUCGACAACUGUUGAUAUUUUAGUGAAUAAAGCUAUCAAUUCUGCUCCAAUACCUUAUGCUGGUGGAAAUCAAACAAUUCAACUACCAACUGAGUCAGUGGUUCUUGAUGGGAAUGUCAAAGAUGAUGGACAAAUUUUAUCUUAUAACUGGACCCAAAUAAGGCAAUUUAUUUAG